GCAGGGCUGCUCGGCCGGUAGUGGCGAUGUCUGGCCGGUCCAAGCGGGAGUCUCGUGGUUCUGCCCGCGGGAAGCGCGAGUCCGAGUCGCGGGGCAGCUCGGGUCGCGUCAAGCGGGAGCGAGAUCGGGAACGGGAGGCAGAGGCGCCGAGUUCCCGGAGCAGCCCGGUGCGCGUGAAGCGGGAGGUCGAACCGGCCAGCGCGCGCGAUGCCCCGCCGCUUGUCCUCCCCUCGGUGCGGGUGAAGCGGGAGCGCGAGGCAGACGAGGACUCUGAGCCUGAGCGGGAGGUGCGAGCAAAGAAUGGCCGCGUGGAUUCCGAGGACCGGAGGAGCCGCCACUGCCCGUACCUGGAUACCAUUAACAGGAGUGUGCUGGACUUUGACUUUGAGAAACUGUGUUCCAUCUCCCUCUCCCAUAUAAAUGCAUAUGCCUGUUUGGUGUGUGGCAAGUACUUUCAGGGCCGGGGUUUGAAGUCUCAUGCCUACAUUCACAGCGUCCAGUUCAGCCACCAUGUCUUCCUCAACCUCCACACCCUCAAGUUUUACUGCCUUCCUGACAACUAUGAGAUCAUUGAUUCCUCGCUGGAGGAUAUCACGUAUGUGUUGAAGCCCACUUUCACAAAGCAGCAGAUUGCAAACUUGGACAAGCAAGCCAAAUUGUCCAGGGCAUAUGAUGGCACCACUUACCUGCCUGGUAUUGUGGGCCUGAAUAACAUAAAGGCCAAUGACUACGCCAAUGCUGUCCUUCAGGCUCUGUCUAAUGUUCCUCCUCUCCGGAACUACUUCCUGGAAGAGGACAAUUACAAGAACAUCAAGCGUCCACCAGGGGAUAUCAUGUUCUUGCUGGUACAGCGUUUUGGAGAACUUAUGAGAAAGCUCUGGAACCCUCGGAAUUUCAAGGCACAUGUUUCUCCCCAUGAGAUGCUUCAGGCUGUUGUUCUUUGCAGCAAGAAGACUUUCCAGAUUACCAAGCAAGGUAAGGAACAAGGAUUGAUGUUUUUUGACUUCAGGGCAACAAAACUAGUUUAA